GGUGUAGUGUAAAUGUUUAAAUGUACUGCUAUAUUAGGGCUCACAUUUUUACUUUAAAAUGAAUGAACCAGGCUGCACGGUGGUCGAGUGGUUAGCGCGCAGACCUCACAGCUAGGAGACCAGGGUUCAAUUCCAAUUCUAGGCCAUCUCUGUGUGGAGUUUGCAUGUUCUCCCCAUGCAUGCGUGGGUUUUCUCCGGGUACUCCGGUUUCUUCCCACAUUCCAAAAACAUGCUAGGUUAAUUAGCGACUCCAAAUUGUCCAUAGGUAUGAAUGUGAGUGUGAAUGGUUGUUUGUCUAUAUGUGCCCUGUGAUUGGCUGGCCACCAGUCCAGGGUGUACCCCGCCUCUCGCCCGAAGACAGCUGGGAUAGGCUCCAGCAGCAGGAUAAGCGGUAGAAAAUGAAUGAAUAAGUUAAUAUAAUAUAAGUUAAUUAACAUAAUAAGGUUUAUGUUUUUUAAGUGUGCAGGAGUAGGAGAUCCAUGGCUUCAGGUCAAACAUCUGAAGAGGUACGUGACUCCAAAAAGUUUGGGAACCAUUGUUCUUGAUGGUGUGUGGUUUUUAAAAAAAAAAAAAAAAAAAGUGCAAGAACAACUCGUUAUUUUGUACACACGGCGCUUCUUCGCCUGACGUCAUGUUUAGAAUAAAAGUCUUGCAAUGAAGUCAUGUUUGUCUUUCUGCUUUGACGCAAAAGGUAAAGGCGACAGUGGAUCUCCAGCGGAUGCCGACAAUGGGAUUACUGGGAAUGCUGGGAGUACAUGUGCUGCACCUUUCAGGGCGUCGUCUUCUAUAAGUGCUGUCUGUUCUCCGUGCAUCCAGCAGCUCAUAAUGGCAGUGACUCAGCGUCAGUGCCCGCCGACAAUUGGGGUGUGGCGGUUUCACACGUUUGUGCUCAGCGUCACCUGUGUGUGUGUGUGUUUCUCAUCAGCUGACCUGAAAGUGACUAAAGGCAUUAAGAUCCUUCAUUGUUGUGAUUAAGUGUGUGUUUGUCAUGUUGAGUUUACACGUGUUUGUGCAUCGUCAAGGUGUGUGAGGGUGUGUCUGUGGGUGGAGCUUGUAUUUGUGUGUGUGUGUGUCGUGGUGGGGUGGGGGCAGACCUGUUUGUCUACUUUCAGGUGGUGAAGUCGUACACCCGUCGCUCCUGCGAGACACACACACACACACACUACCUGGCUGAUGGUGCCUCAGGUUUGAAUCCACAUCGAGGUUUCACCGCCACUCUGACAGGAUUACAGGAAGACAAAUGGCGUCCCACUUCAAUAGGCGGAGCCUAUCUGAUGUCCUGACCUUGGAGCGAUCGGAGCAGGGAGCGUUGGUCAUUUCCAGUAUCGAUGACACUGAUGGCACCAAUCAGAGGCUGAGGGAAGGGGAUGAAAUUGUGGGGGCCACCAUCAACUUUGACCAUCUGUCCAAAGAGGAGGUGCUGGGGGUGCUGAAGCUGAUGUCCCCGUAUGAUGACAAAAUCCAAGUCCUCACAAAGAAUGACAUGAGCAAGAGUCUCGGACAUCUGGACCAGGUUGCAGUCAGUCCGGAAAUGAUGCUGCAUGAUUCUUACAACAAACUCUACAACGCCAAGAUCAGGAGGUUCAUGCGUAAGGACCUUCCCGACGCCGAGGGUCUGAGAGACUUUGUUCAAACGCUCCCACGCUCCACCAAAGUCAGGACCAAACAAGACACGGAUUUGCCUCGUCUCGGAGUCGACUUCGGGCGCAUCGAGCCCAAGACACUCAACAGACGUUUUAGCGCAGAAUCAGACGUUGACUUUUCUUCUGGAAAGUUCUCCCAGGGCGCUAAUCUCAAUCUCCCUCCUCUGGGCGUGGCCUCCAACGGCGCCCAGGUGAAAGGAGGCCGUGGAGUUCAGGUGUCACAGCUUCUAAACGCCAGAGGACGCUUCGUCAACGUGCCAAGUGUGGACCAACGGUCCAGAUUUGAUAUCAAUGGAGGACAUAUCAGCGGACCGUCGUUUGAUGACUUGAAAAUGCCAGACUACAGCAUGGGGGGUCCCAGUGGGGACGCGGAAUGGAAUGUGGACACUUCGCCCACAAUGCACCUGGCAGGAGUGUCUCUCGAAUCAUCCACGCCGCACUUGGAUUUGAACGGUCCUGGCUAUGGGCCUGCAGAGCUCGGAGUCCAAACACCCAGGAUGCGAGGUGACUUCAGUACGCCGGACGUCGACCUUCCAUCCGCCCAGCUCCACGGCAUCGGCAUGCCUACUCCGGUAGCCCGCACCAAGGUUCCGGCUGCUAAGUACAAGGCCCCCAAGUUCACGAUGCCAAAAUUCGAUUUACCGACUGUAGACGUUCCUAACUUUGAGGGUCCGGACUUUGACAUGAAUGCCCCCAAAUUAAACCUCAACGGUCCCAAUGCUGACUUCGACUUCGACAGAAAAUUCAAAAAGCCAAACAUGAAGUUGCCUAAUUUGGAACUCAAUCCUCCAAAGAUAGAUGGCCCUAACCUGGACCUCAAGACUCCUGGCCUAGAUCUCAAUGGUGGACUAAAUGCACCAGAUCUGAAAAUACCCAAAUUUAAGACCCCUAAACUGAACAUGCCGGAUCUUCAUGGUCCAGACCUGAAACUGAAAACUCCGAAGAUAAAAGGUGGCAUCGAUGCCCCCGAUUUGGAUUUACCCAACGUGGAUCUUAACGCUCCCAGGCUGGAUCUUAACGCUCCUAGGCUGGAUCUGAACGCUCCGGAUAUCAACAUUGGAUCACCAGAUGCCAAAUUCAAUAUGCCCAAAUUUAAGACUAAAUUUGGUCGUCCGAGUCUUAAAGGACCUGACAUUGACGCAGACCAGGGGAUGGACAUCAAUGCACCCAAGUUCAACGGUCCUAAUCUGGACCUCAAGACUCCUGGCCUAGAUCUCAAUGGUGGACUAAGUGCACCAGAUCUGAAAAUACCCAAAUUUAAGACCCCUAAACUGAACAUGCCGGAUCUUCAUGGUCCAGACCUGAAACUGAAAACUCCAAAGAUGAAAGGUGGCAUCGACGCCCCCGAUUUGGAUUUACCCAACGUGGAUCUUAACGCUCCCAGACUGGAUCUGAACGCUCCAGAUAUCAACAUUGGAUCACCAGAUGCCAAAUUCAAUAUGCCCAAAUUUAAGACUAAAUUUGGUCGUCCGAGUCUUAAAGGACCUGACAUUGACGCAGACCUGGGGAUGGACAUCAAUGCACCCAAGUUCAACGGUCCUAACCUGGACCUCAAGACUCCUGGCCUAGAUCUCAACGGUCCUAAUCUCAGUGGUGGAAUAAACACACCAGAUUUGAAAUUGCCCAAAUUUAAGACUCCUAAAAUGAAUCUCAAAGGUCCUAAUUUGGACUUGCCAGAUCUUCAUGGUCCAGACCUGAAACUGAAAACUCCUAAGAUUAAAAGUGGCAUCGACGCCCCUGACUUUGAUUUACCCAAAGCGGACCUUCAAGCUCCUAAGUUGGAUAUAAAAACUCCAGACCUCAACAUCGGAUCACCAAAAACUAAAUUUAAAUUUCCUAAGUUCAAGUUGCCUAAACUGAGACGUCCAAGCCUUAAAGCCCCUGAACUUGAUGCGGAUCUGGAUGGUCCGGACUUGGACAUCAACGCACCGCAAUUAGACCUCAAAGGUCCCAAUGCUGACUUUGACAUUGGUGGAAAAUUAAAAAAGCCGAACUUGAAGAUGCCUAAUUUUGACCUCAAUGGUCCAAAUAUAGAUGGCCCUGACCUAGAUCUGAAAGGUCCGAAUCUCAGUGGUGGACUAAACGCACCAGAUCUUAAACUGCCCAAAUUUAAGACCCCUAACAUGGACCUAAAAGGUCCAAAUUUUGCCUUGCCAUCAGUGGACAUGCCGGAUCUUCAUAGUCCAGACCUGAAACUCAAAACUCCAAAGAUAAAAGGUGGCAUCGACGCACCGGACUUGGAUUUACCCAACAUGGACUAUAAAACUCCCAAGUUGGAUCUGAAUGCUCCAGACAUCAACAUUGGAUCGCCAAAUGCCAAAAUAAAUAAGCCCAAAUUUAAGCUGCCGAAAUUCCGUCGUCCAACCCUUAAAGGACCUGACUUUGAUGCAGACCUGAAUGGUCUAAACAUGGACAUCAAUGCACCCAAAUUAAAUGGUCCCAACCUGGACCUUAACACUCCUGACCUAGAUCUUCAAGGUCCUAAUCUUGGUGGUGGAAUAAACAUACCCAAAUUAAAGACCCCAAAUUUGGACUUGCCAGAUCUUCAUGGUCCGGACGUGAACAUGGACCUUAAAGAUCCUAAGUUGAAUCUGAAAACUCCAGACCUCAACAUCGGAUCACCAAAAACUAAAUUUAAAUUUCCCAAGCUGAAGUUGCCUAAAUUGAGGCGUCCGAGUCUCAAAGCUCCUGACUUUGAUGCAGACCUGGAUGGUCCAGACUUGGACAUCAAAGCACCUGAAUUAGAUUUGAAAAGUCCAAACAUUGACUUAGAUAUUGAUGGAAAAUUAAAAAAGCCAAAGAUUAAUGUGCCAAAGUUAGAUGGUCCUAAUCUGGACCUGAAGUCCCCAGAUCUAAAAAUGCCCAAACUGGACCUGAAAACCCCCAAACUGGAUCUGAACGCACCAAAGGUGGAUUUAAACAUGCCGUCAGGGAAGGUGAAAAUACCAAAGCCGGAUCUCAGUCCUCCAGAAUGGGACGUUAAAGUUCCGUCAGCCAACAUCGGUUCUCCCAAAGCCAAACUGAAGAUGCCAAAAUUCAAAGUUCCAAAAGUGAACCUCCCGAGCCUGAACGGUCCCGAUGUAGACGCUCCAGGUUUUGACAUCAACGCACCAAAAAUGAACCUCAGAGGUCCAAAGGUUCCAGAUGUGGAUUUUAAGACAAAAUACAAAAAGCCUCACCUGAGCAUUCCGGAUGUGGAGCUGUCUAGACCCGACUUAAAUGGUCCGGACUUUAACGUGAAGACACCGAAUCUUCAUGGCAAAUUGCCGAAAGGAAACGUCGACCUGAACGUCGGCGCACCCAAAAUGAAAGGGUCAUUUGAUCCCCCCAGGGUGGACCUCCCAAACAUGGACCUCAAGGCUCCUCAGGUGGACUGGGACACUCCAGAAGCACAUCUCAGAAAGCCUCACAUAAGAGCGCCCAAUAUGGACCUCAGCGGAGGCCUGCAUGGACCUGACCUCCGUGUCCCGGGUGUGGACAUCAGAGGUCCGAAUUUCAAACCCAAAAUGCCAAGUUUAGACAUCGACGACAUUAACGAUGUGAACUUUCCAGACCAUAACAUGAAGUUCAGAGCUCCGGAUCUCGAUGUCGACGAUCCUUCGCUGAACUUCAAGAAGUCUUUAAUUGGAAGUUCGGCUAUCAAGCUGCCUGGCAUGGGCCUGGACCUGGACCAGGACUUACCACAUCCUCACAUGAAGGGCAACAUGGCGUCUUUCGACGACAUCGACUUCACCCGCUCGGACCUCAACAUCGAUGACUUCACAGGGAAGCACCAUGUCCCCAUGAGCAGAGGUUCCAAGCUGGACGUCAAGCUACCGGCACCGUCUGGUGACCUGAGGACACACGGGCGCGGUGGACUCCAGCUGGACGCAGAUGCCAACCUCCACGCCUUAAAUGCUUCCCGAAUAAGAGCUCCUGAUACUUCCGCUGAAUACUUAGUGACUUCUUUCCCGACACAUCAGCAAAUUCCAAACACAGUCACCCACAAAUACAGCACUCUCGGGGGGCUGCACUUUAACUCAGGCGACGUCAGUCUGGACGUUCCCGAUCAAAAGGAUAUAAAUGGAUCCAACUUCCUUUUCUCCAACCUGGUUUAGGCCUGGACCGAGUGUAUCGCUCUAGUUCACCACUAAAGAACAAAAAAUACUUUCUACUGUGCAAUAUUUCUUUUGUUUACAUUCACUAUGUUGUACCUUCAAGACCAGGAAGUAAAUGGUAAAAUAUGUGUGUACAUUCAUGUUCCAACAUUUGUAUAUAGAACACUUGUAUGUAUUUAUACGUCAAAUGUCAUACAUUCUAUUAAUGUUUACUACGGAACAAUUGUAUAUUUAUAUCAUGUCAAAUUUGAUGCAGCUUAUUAAAAUGUUUACUUACAGCAUUCUUUGUUUGUUUUA